AUGGCGAGAAUGAUUUUUUCCAAGCGUCUAAUUCAAGGCAUGUUUUCUAGAAGUUUCACACAUAAAGCGGUUUCUCUGAAAAUGACUCCCCACGACUACCCACCUAUAACAGGAUCAGAGCAUUGGAAAAGAAAACUCCGCACUUUAUUCAGAGCUAGAGACGCGGACAAGGAUGGGUUUCUCACGAAGAAGGAUUUCGAGAUGUGUGCACACCGGGUUUCUAGUUACAUGGAGCUUAACGAAAGCAUGGCAAGAGAGGUCUUGAGAAAGCGGCAAUACACCUGGGAAAAACUGUCCUGUGGAACUAGUGACCCUGACAAUCUAAAACUUUCCGAAGACGAGUUUCUCCAUCAGUUACACCGCUACACACGCGACGCCGCUCUGGGUCUUGCGUGUAACGACUUUGAUUCCAUUGAUAUCGACGGCGACGGUUUUAUUUCCCCAAAGGAACACAAGGCGUUUUUCUAUGGUAAUGGGAUUCCAACUGAUAAGUCGGGGAUGUCUUCAAAGUGCUUGAUACAGACGGCGAUGGCAUGA